AUGAUGGGGGCCGCGGCCGCGGACGGCGCCCCUUCGACCUCCCGUCUCCAGAGCCCCGGCCGCACCACCGGCGGCGGCGGCGCCGCCGCGGCGGGCGCCCGCGAGGCGCUGGGGCGAGACCUGCGGGUCGCGAGCGCGCCGGUGCUCUCGGGCUGGGGCGGCGCCGGGGGCGGCGGCGGCGGGGAGGCGGCGCCGCCGCCGCUGCCCGUCGGAUGGGAGGCGAAGUACGACCCGGUGACUAAGCGGGUAUUCUACGUUGACCACAACAGCAAGACGACGACGUGGGAGCGCCCCGCGCCGCCGCCGGGCUGGCAGGCGGCGGCGGCGGCGGCGGCGGCGGCGGCGGCGGCGGCGCACGCGGGGCCGCUGAAGCUGCCCGCGGCGGGGCCCGCAGGCGACCCCGCGCGCACAUCCCCCAAGCCGCGCGGGUCCUCGGCGGCGGCGGCGGACGACGCGUCCGGCAGCGACGGCGAGGGCGGGGAGCGGGAGCGGUUCGAGCCCCUCACUCCUUGGUGCAUGCUGGACCCGGGCUGCUCCAAGGUGCGCCACUUUGCGCGGCGCAUCAACCCGUCGGCGCUGUCGGCGAUGGCGGAGCUGUUCCUUAUGAACGGGGACAUGUGCGCCUGGCUCUACACCGGCAGCCCCGCCAUGCACAGCGAAAAGAUCACGCUGUUCGAGCCAGAGACCAGCCGCCUGAAAAAGGCGGGCGCGGGCGGCUACAGCAACAGCUUCAUAGCCAUACGGCGGUGA